AUGGCUUCCUCAAACCCGUGGGGGAAGAUAGCCAGUCCGAUUCAUGGUAAAAGCAAAGGUUUCUUCAACUUGGAAGGUGAUGCUCCUUCUAAAUCUCCUACUAGGUCUUUUAAAGAUGUUUUAUCAGGGGAUCCUCUGCAAGGUGAGAACGCGCCCAAAUUUACUCAGUCUGUGAUUAAUGGUGCUCCUGCUAUUCUCAUCUCUGAUGAGGACAUUCUUAAACUAGCGUCUCCUUUUAAAUUUACUUUAGUGGGGAAGUUUAAUCUUCGUAGACCAAAUCUUGAUAACAUCCGUUCUUUUUUCGCUAAUCUCAAGCUUUCUGGGUUUUACUCCAUCGGUCUUCUGGAUUCUCGUCAUGUUGCCAUUCAGUUGUCCAACGACAUGGAUUAUAGUCGCAUUUUUUCUAGACGUUCCUAUUUUAUUUGUAAUUGCCAAAUGAAAGUUUUAAAGUGGACACCUUUCUUUGAUAUUCAUGAGGAAUCUCCCAUUGUGCCUGUCUGGAUUUCCUUCCCAAAUUUACGCUUACAUUUUUUCAAUCCUCAAGUUUUACAUGCAUUAGGUUCUGUUUUUGGUAGACCAUUGCAAACUGAUCAAGCGACGGCUUCCAGGACGAGGCCGUCUGUUGCUCGGGUUCUUGUGGAAGUUGAUAUUUCAAAGAAGUUUGCAAAAGAAAUUUGGGUUGGAUCCAGGGAUUUUGGUUACAUGCAAAAGGUGGAGUUUGAAAAAGUGGCGGAUUUCUGUACCCAUUGUAAGAUGCAUGGUCAUGGGGCUGUAGAUUGCUUUAAACUUCAUCCUGAUUUAAAAAGCUCAGGCCAUUGA